AUGGUUGAGGGAGUCAAUUCCCGCAAUCCCAGGAGGCCCCCUCCCAGCUCGGUCAACACGGGAGGCAUCACCGAGAUCAUGGCCGAAGGUGGAGAGCUGGAAUUCGUCAAGAGGAUCAUCCACGACAGCCUGCAGCUGAAGAAGAGACUGAGGUGGUACAGUUGCAUGUUGGGAAAGAAAUGCAGCUUGGCGCCGUUGAAAGAGGAGCUUCGAAUCCAUGGCGUUCCGAAAGUUACCCACACCGAAUUCUGCCAGGGCCGGACCAUGAGGUGGGCACUGGCAUGGAGCUUCUAUGAAAACGUCAAGGUGCCG